GGAUCACCAGUCUGUUAGCCAAUGAUGUCUACACAGCUGCUUUUCCUCUGCAUGACGGAGACGUUGACGGGGUAAACGCAGAGCCCAACGACAGAAAGCUGCUGUCUGAACAGUGGGCCAGCUACAGCGUCUUCUACAAGUACCAACCUAUUGGACUCAUCAGGAAGUACUUUGGGGAGAAGGUUGGCCUUUACUUUGCCUGGAUAGGAGUCUACACGCAGAUGCUCAUCCCUGCUGCCAUUGUUGGAGUCAUUGUGUUCCUGUACGGCUGCGCCACGGUCGACGAUAACAUACCAAGCAUGGAGAUUUGUGAUCCCAGGAACAACAUCACCAUGUGUCCGCUCUGCGACCACGCCUGCAGCUACUGGAAGCUUGUGACGGCAUGUGGCACAGCCCGAGCCAGCCACCUGUUCGACAACCCAGCCACGGUCUUUUUCUCCAUUUUCAUGGCCCUCUGGGCCGUUCUUUUCAUGGAGCACUGGAAGAGGCGGCAGAUGCGGCUCAACUAUGUCUGGGACCUAACGGGCUUUGGAGAGGAGGAGGAGGUGGGACAACUCUACACAUACCAUUUAGUUGCCUUGAGAGACACCUACAAAAUUGGAGUUUUAGAGUGA